AUAAACUGACUGUAAGCGUACCUUCAAACUAGUGAUUUUUUUUUUACCUUUGUGGGAACAGCCAUGGGUAUGGAGCUCCGGAGAAUAUCGGACACCUCCACAUCCGCGAUCGUCUUGAUCCUUCUGCUCUGCGUUCAUGUAGCUCACUCUUUCUACCUCCCAGGCGUCGCUCCUCAGGAUUUCGAGAAGGGUGAUGAGCUGAAGGUUAAAGUGAAUAAACUAAGCUCCAUCAAGACUCAGCUUCCUUACUCGUAUUACUCGCUUCCUUUUUGUCAACCUAAGAAGAUUGUUGAUAGUACUGAGAAUCUUGGAGAAGUGCUUCGUGGUGACCGCAUUGAAAAUGCCCCUUACUCGUUUAAAAUGCGGGAGGCGCAGAUGUGCAAUGUUCUCUGCCGCAUCACUCUUGAUGCCAAGACAGCCAAAGCGUUCAAAGAAAAGAUUGAUGAUGAAUACCGUGUCAACAUGAUCCUCGACAAUCUUCCUCUUGUGGUUCCAGUCGAAAGGGGUCUAAAUUCUCCUGAUGUUGUUUAUCAGCUUGGCUAUCAUGUUGGUCUUAAAGGCCAGUAUGCGGGGAGCAAAGAGCAAAAGUUCUUUAUGUACAAUCACUUGGCAUUUACUGUCCGAUAUCACAGAGAUGUGCAAACUGAUUCUGCAAGGAUUGUGGGAUUUGAAGUCAAACCUUACAGUGUUAAGCAUGAAUACGAUGGAAAGUGGAGUGAGAAGACCCGUCUGACGACCUGUGAUCCUCACACAAAACACCUGGUCGUUAGCUCUUCUACCCCUCAAGAAGUUGAAUCAAAGAAGGAGAUUAUUUUCACAUAUGAUGUUGAUUUCCAGGAAAGUGAAGUGAAGUGGGCUUCUAGAUGGGAUGCUUAUCUUCUGAUGAAUGAUAACCAAAUUCACUGGUUCUCUAUCGUCAAUUCUCUGAUGAUUGUUCUGUUCCUAUCUGGUAUGGUGGCGAUGAUAAUGCUGAGGACCCUUUACCGUGACAUUUCACGAUACAACGAGCUUGAGACUCAAGAGGAAGCUCAAGAAGAGACAGGAUGGAAGCUUGUCCAUGGUGAUGUUUUCAGGAUUCCAACCAAUUCAGAUCUGCUUUGCGUCUACGUUGGUACAGGGGUCCAAUGUUUAGGCAUGGUUUUUGUCACAAUGAUCUUCGCCAUGCUUGGGUUUCUCUCCCCUUCGAACCGGGGUGGUCUGAUGACGGCCAUGCUUCUGCUCUGGGUCUUCAUGGGACUCUUUGCUGGUUACGCUUCUUCACGUCUCUACAAAAUGUUCAAAGGAACAGAGUGGAAGAGAAUCGCCUUCAGAACUGCCUUCUUGUUCCCUGCAGUUGUCUCCUCCAUCUUCUUUGUCCUAAACGCUCUCAUCUGGGGACAAAAGUCAUCUGGUGCUGUCCCCUUUGGAACAAUGUUCGCCUUGAUCUUCCUUUGGUUUGGCAUCUCGGUUCCUCUCGUCUUUGUUGGAGCUUACCUCGGUUUCAAAAAACCAGCGGUUGAUGACCCAGUGAAAACCAACAAAAUCCCAAGACAAAUCCCAGAGCAAGCUUGGUACAUGAACCCGGUUUUCUCAAUCCUCAUUGGAGGAAUCCUACCGUUUGGUGCAGUCUUCAUCGAGCUCUUCUUUAUCCUCACAUCCAUCUGGCUCAACCAGUUCUACUACAUCUUUGGUUUCCUCUUCCUAGUCUUUGUAAUCCUCAUCGUUACUUGCGCUGAGAUAACAGUAGUACUCUGUUACUUCCAGCUGUGCAGCGAGGACUACCUGUGGUGGUGGAGAUCGUACCUAACAUCAGGCUCAUCAGCUCUGUAUCUAUUCCUCUACGCUACGUUCUACUUCUUCACAAAGCUUCAGAUCACAAAACUGGUGUCGGCGAUGCUUUACUUUGGGUACAUGCUCAUCGCAUCUUGCGCAUUUUUUGUGCUGACAGGAACAAUAGGGUUCUAUGCUUGUCUCUGGUUCACAAGGCUCAUCUAUUCCUCGGUUAAGAUCGAUUAGAGGAGUGUGAAGACAGGUUAAGGAACAAAGAAGAAAGGUGAUUAUUGUUUAAUCAUGUUUAAAAAUGGUUUUGUUGCAUUAUAGAUAUAUUUUGUUGCAGAACAAGAGGGGUUUACUAUAUGUGAACCUUACAAUAGUGUAUUUUGUUUGAUCUGUCUAAUAACUCACAUUUUGAUAAUCAUUGCAUGUGGAGUAUGUUAUAUAAUAUAUGUUUUCCUUUUUAUAAAAAUGAAAGCAAAUCAAAUUUAAAAUGUUUGAUGAUGAUCAAA